CUUCAUUAUGUUUUCAGGAUGGAACAUGAGGCUACUCAGCUAGAAAAGCAGCACGUGCACAGUGUGUAUGAAAAUACAGCUGCCUACUUUAAUGAUCUGCAGAGCAAAGCAUGGCCUCGUGUUCGAAACUUUCUGCUGGAGCAAAAGCCUGGAAGUCUUGUUGCUGACAUAGGUUGUGGAACUGGAAAGUAUCUCAGUGUCAACAGUCAGGUGUAUAAUCUCGGCUGUGAUUACUGUGCACCGUUGGUAGAGAUUGCAAGGAAGAAAGGUGAAGAAGUUCUGGUAUGUGACAACCUUAACCUUCCCUUUAGGGACCAGUGCUUCAAUGCAGUCAUUUCCAUUGGAGUGAUCCAUCAUUUCUCAACUAAACAAAGAAGAAUCAAAGCAAUAAAGGAAAUGGCAAGGGUAUUGAUACCUGGAGGUCAGAUGAUGAUUUAUGUUUGGGCUAUGGAACAAAAGAAUCGUCACUUUGAGAAACAAGAUGUAUUUGUUCCCUGGAACAAGGCCUUGUGCUCACGCCAUUUUUCAGAAUCCGCUCAAUCUGGAGAUAAGGGUGAGUUUGUGCAUGCUGUAAAAAGCCAAGACAUACACCCUGCACAGCUCGUCAUCUCUGACUGCAGCUACCGAACCAACCUGCAGCCGGACGCUGAUUCAAAACAUUCCCACAAUACAGACCAUUGCUUAUCCAGAGCUUGCUGCAUGAAAAUUUCCGAAGAAGACAACAGAUUUUACAGUGCUCUAGGAAGAUCUUUCCGCUCAUGGUUUUUCUCCAGAUCACUUGAUGAAUCAGCCCUGAGAAAGCAAACGGACAAAUUGAAGCCUCUGAAGGAUGAAGGAGAGUGGGCAAACAGUACUGUACCCAUUCAGCAUUCACGACACUGCAGUUUGGAUUUAGGUCACCAUGGGGCACUGUUAAAAGAACAAAGUUUAGAUGAUGAUGUGUUCAUGGAAGGCCUGCCUCUCAAAACAACACAGUGGUCACCAGCCACAGAUGCACUGAAGGAUUUAAGUUUAAAUGGUGGACACCAAAGUGUAGCUCAGAGCAAGAGUGAAGAAGCUUCAUUUACAAAUGGCCCAGUGGAAGACAGAGACUACAGCUGUGGUUGUAAUAAAGAUGGUGAUGGUAAGUAUAACGCCAGCAAGUUUUUCAAAAGAACUUCAACAACUGACUCCACUGACUCUGCUUUGGAUUCAGCAGUGUCUGUUGGGGACCAAACUGAUGCCACAUUGGAUGCAAAAGCCUUCAUGCGUUAUUAUCAUGUUUUCCGGGAAGGGGAGCUGUGCUCUCUGGUAGAAGAGGACGUGCCUGAGCUUCAGAUACUUUCUUCCUGCUAUGACCAUGGAAACUGGUGCAUUAUUGCAGAGAAAAGAGGAACAUAGCUGCAAAGAGAGCAAAGCAGAAUUCAGUGACUGACGAUUUUAAGCUGCUCCUUGUGUUCCUGUGGUUGUGCAGUGUGACAUGGAAUUUGAAUCUCACGUAGUCGUGUGCCAUUCAUUUCUGAGUUAUUAUCUCUCUCUCUUAUUUAACUAUCUAACAUGAGGUCUGUAUAUAGGAAUGUAAGUGGUAAACAAUAUUUAUGUUUUGUUAAACUUUUAUGAAGUUAAAACUGGAGAAUUUUAUAGUGCUUUUAGCAAAUAAUUGUGUUUUUAAAUACACUUUUCUAUUGAAAAAUAAAACCUUUUUAUAAGACAAGGAUCAGGGCAUUGUUUAUGAGAAAUAUCCUCACAGUAGAAAGUUUAGGCUUUGUUUUGCAAACACUAAAAAUGUGUCACAUUACUCCCUGCUCUUGAAGUCCUAUAAAUAGAGACAC